GGGUACGAGCAUUGCGCGCCCUCGAUGUGUCUCAGUUCACCCAUUCACAUGUAAAUGAACCGUCAUAUAUACCAAGUACAUGCCCCCUCGGAGCAGCACUAAGGAGCCCAGUCUCUCUGCAAGCUUUGUUGGCCGCUGGGAUCGCCCGGCCAUCUGUCCCAUUGACGAGCUGUAACGGCUCUUUGGAUUACGCAGCAACCUCCAGCCCAGUGGGCUUCUGGCAGCGCCUGGGUUAAACUUAAACAACAUGGCCCCCAUCCGUAACAACACAAACGGAAUGGACAGAGGUGAUGACUGCGGCGGAAUCAAAUCUGACAGAAAGAUGAGGAAACCUCUGGUCGAGAAGAAAAGAAGGGCUCGCAUCAAUGAAAGUUUACAAGAACUCAGAGUUCUCAUCGCGGAUACAGACUUGCAAUCAAAGAUGGAGAAUGCCGAAGUGCUGGAGAUGACAGUGAAACGCGUGGAGAGCAUCUUGCAAAGCCGGGCUCAAGAAGUGGACGCUGUGAACCGGGAGGCCUGUGAGCGCUUUGCGGCGGGCUACAUCCAGUGUAUGCAUGACGUGCACACUUUCGUGUCCAGCUGUCCGGGAAUUGACCCGACUGUAGCCGCGGAGCUGUUGAACCACCUACUGGAGAGCAUGCCCCUGAGCGACGAAGACCGCCUCCGAGUGAUGCUGCCGGACACGGUGUCAGAGUGCCCCGGUGGCAACAGCACUUGGUCCCUGUCUGAGAGCAUGUACACGUCCCUGGUGUCCCCAGCCCCCUCCACCACCUCCACCGACGACCUCUGCUCCGACCUGGAUGACACAGACUCGGAGCAAAGUCACGUUUCUUCUUCAGAGGAGGCUGACUGCCAGGAUGUGUUGAGCUGGUCUUCCAUGACUUACUCAAAGUCAGUGUGGAGACCAUGGUAGAUAAUUUAAAACCAAAAAAAAAAAAGGAAUAGGAUGUUUAAACUACAGUAGAUGAUUAAAUGCUUCGGUUAGGAUGUUUAAUGGGGUAGGCCCUGGUACAUGACAGAAACACUGCUGAGAUGACAACUUUGGAAAGUGUUGAAAUACAGCGGAGAAGCUCUUUGUGUAAUUAUUGGGGAACUACAAUUAAACUAAAAUGUAUUUAAUAAAUAACGUAUGUAAUUAAAUCUGUUUUGCAGAAGUCAGAGACCUGUAGGGUCUUCAUUCGGAAGUGUAUUGGCCUGAGAGGGGCCUGCUCUCAGUGAAGGGGUAUAUGCAUAUGUAAAUAUUUACUUGUUGAAUAUGACUGGGCUGUAUAGACGAUAGGUGUCCCACUAGAGAUGCAUUGUUAGCUGUUUGUAAAUUAUUUUUUAUUUAGGACGUCCUUAACUUUGUAUUUAUAAGUGUCAAAUGACUGUUGGUAGGCUACCUCAACUUAUAAGUUUCAAUAAAUACCGUUUUGCUUGU